AUGGCUCGUCUCUCAGGACUUCAAAAAGAGGUGCUAAGGUUAUACCGUCAUAGUUUAAGAUGUGUGCGAACCAAACCGGAAGAAUUCAGAAGUCAUUGGAAAGCUUACGUAAAGGAAGAGUUUGCUAGAUAUGAUCACAUUCAAAAGAAGCAGUUUAGCGUGGUGGAACAUUUAAUAAGAACUGGGCAUAGAAAACUUGAAAUGUAUCUGAAUCCAAAUAUCAAGAACAUACACUAG